UCCCUUUCCAAUAUGGCGGCGCCGCUGCGCUUUGGGAUCGUUCUCGCGAUAUUUGGCUGUCAAUCUCGGAUCGGUCUGACUGCGCAAUAUUUUACACACCAUUGACAGAUCAGGAAACGCGAGGAGUUUCGCUGUGGUUUGGUGUGGUGUUCAGUCGGAGAGAUGGUUUGCAUUCCCUGUAUUGUGAUUCCUGUCCUGCUGUGGGUGUACAAGCGCUUCCUGGAGCCCUACAUCUAUCCCAUCAUCAGUCCUAUCAUCAGUCCCAUCAUCAGACGCUUCUGGAACAAAGCAGCGGUGGAUCAGACAGCAGCUAAUCCUGCAGAAACACACCAAACAGCUGAAUUAAAUGGAACAGCCAACGGCUCCACAUCCAAUGGACUGAAGACAGUGGCCGAUAAAAAAGCAGACUGACAGAAAUCAUGCCUGAAUCAUCUCCCAGAUUUUAUUAAUCUGUGUAGAUAUCAGCUUUUGAUGAGGAUUUUUUUUUUGUAAUUUUCAGUAAAUUGCAGCUGUUACACAGAUCAGUUAGUUAUAUAUACAGAAAAUCCCACACCCUAACUGAUUUUUUUUUAAAACAAACAUUACGUGACAUGAAGUGCAUUACAAUGUUGAGAAAUUAAUAUAUAGAUUUUGUUUUCAUCAUUCCAUGAUCAUGUUUUAGCUAUAGACUAAAUUGAAUCUUCUACCAUAGAUUUAUACCAGAAUUGCUAUGUAUAAAUUGCAACAUUUAAUGUGAAAAUAAAAAUGUGAUACUUUUA